AUGUUCAAACAACCGGACGUGAGCUACAAGACGAUCAUCCGACGCAUCAUCUGUACACCGCCCAAAAACCUCAGUCUCAGAAAUUCAUGCUUGCGGCGGCGACGUCCUCCCACCGAAACGCGGGUUCACAUCGACUCACCAUCUGCCCCCGCUCGUCAUACAACUCGUGUGGUCACACAGCGCAUCAACGUUCAGGACCACCAUCAUACCCGGAAGGUUCUAUGGGUCAUCGCGCACGCAACUGUAGCCAGCACCACAAGCUUCCGCUCUCUUCAUGUCAUGCCGAUCUACUAG